CAAGCAGCAACUUUAUAUAAAGUUAAUAAAACUGAUCAAAGAAAUUAUGAAAAAAAUAUCUUUACAUCAUAAUCGUAAACGUCCUACACACGACAAACGGCUUUAAAAUUAUAAUUAUUCACAUUUAGUGAGAGCGAACGCUAAGAUCAUUUACUGGGUGAGCGGCGAGAUUACAGCGGGCGGGCGGACGUUCACGCGCACGCAUGGCUUGUUUACGUUUUUCAUAACCACGUUUCUACUAAAAAUACUUCAGCAUCCUGCCGUUUGAGGCUCACGCGAUUGGUCAGCGGUGGCACAGGAAACCGGGGAGGACUUGGGGCCGGCGGACCCCGCCGCCCGCGCUCCCCUCCUUCUUUAUACCACGGAAAGUAUUCGAAAGCCCCGAAUAUCGUGAGGCAGCAGAAAAUAACCCUGAACGCUGGAAACAUUCGGAAUUGUGGCCAGUCGUGUUGUGCGUCUCACAGUGUUAACUAGUGACAUCAACCAUGGUUCUGGACACCGAAGACUGGGCCGAUGAGCUGCCCCCAGAACAGAUCGCCGUCCUCCGCAAAGCCUUCGACGGCUUCGACCACAACCGCUCGGGUAGUAUCCCCUGUGACUUCGUGGCUGAUAUCCUGAGAAUGAUGGGGCAGCCAUUCAACAAGAAAAUCCUCGAGGAACUUAUUGAGGAGGUCGACGCCGACAAAUCUGGUCGUCUGGAAUUCCCCGAGUUCGUAACUCUGGCCGCUAAGUUCAUCGUUGAAGAGGACGCUGAGGCCAUGCAGAAAGAACUCAGGGAAGCGUUCAGAUUGUACGACAAGGAAGGCAAGCAACGGUUACAUUCCCACGUCGAGCCUGCGCGAGAUCCUCCGGGAAUUGGACGAGCAGCUGACUGACGAUGAACUCGAUGGCCUCAUCCAAGAGAUCGACACUGACGGAAGCGGCACCGUCGACUUCGACGGUAAGAACACCGAAGUAUAUACUGAAUAAAACGUCGCGACUAAUGCAGACACGCGAACCAUAAAUCUGUCGAAACGGUUCAUCGGCGAUCCGAAAUCCUUGAAGUUUAUGCAUCGUCGCGUGCGAUUUAUUUUACGUCUUAAAUACAGUGUACUAGAAAACUGAAAAUAUAUCGCCUCAAUGUAAAUAGAUAGCAAUAAUAAUCUCUUAUGCAUAAAUACAUAUAGUUUUAAUACUGAUUGAUUAUUGAGUAGUGUUUUGUUUUGAGAAACUACAAUAAAACGAAUGUAGCUAGCUGGCUAGUUUUUGAUAGUGAAUGUUUUAGCGCUAUUUCGUAGCUCAUUUUAUCAAAUAAUGCAGUCGUAGUGGGGAUCAUGCGUACAACCUCUCGAAUAGAAUAUCCAGUAUUUUUUAAAAUUCAACAAGAUUACUGCAAGUUUGCUUCUUAAGUGCUAAAGGUUGUUUCAUUAGUGUUACAUUGUCUUCUGUGAAUACAGAACAUUAUGAUUAAUACUGCCGUGUCCAAAUUAGUCUUGAUAGUCUAAUUAUUACUUUUAAUAUCCCUAUAGGCGUCGCCAUUUUUAAAUAUGGAUAACUCUCACCGCAAUUAAACAUUUGACUGUCUUUUAAUUUUUGUUCACUAUUUGUUUCAGAGUUCAUGGAGAUGAUGACAGGGGAAUAAACAUCUAUUUCAUUUCUAUUUAUUUAUUAUGAUCUAAGUUAAGUUAUCUCUACGCGUUGGCUAAUUCAACCCUUCUAAUCUGGGAGCAUUGGACAUCAGUUUGCAGCUACAAAACAAUAUCUAUCGGCUAAUUUUUCAAGUAUUAUGUAUGUAUUGUACAAACUGUAAUUAAUUGUUCUUAAUUGAUCGGGUGUGGUUGAGUUAUAUUUUAUAUUAUCUACUGAUUAAUAAAUCUUUUAUUCUACUGUC